CAGCGUAGUUUUAUGACAGUAGUGUUCACCAACCAAGCAACCAAGCGUAUCACACCGCUCGGCAACCAACGACCAACUGCAAAAUAACUGUACAAGUAAACUCGACAUGAAGACGUUUGAACUAGCUCUGAAGAUAUUUCGAUGUAAACAGGGAGGACUCGUCUUCUUCUUUUUGGUUUGGUUGUCAGAAGUUCAUGGUGAUCAGAAAUCGGGAUUCACCCAGAAUGUUACGUUGGCUGGCAAAGGAUUCCCUGUCAUACCUGUGUCGGAGUCUGUGUCCAGCAUGGUUCACCAGUGUGCAGAGUUCUGCCACAAUACAUCUUCGUGUCUGUCCUUUACGUAUGGUAAAACUGAUGGAACUUGUCAGCUUCUCGACAAACGUCUUGUAGAACCAGACAAUACAUCACCUAAGUCUGGGAAUGUAUAUUAUUGGAAGACACCAGACACCACCACCUGCCAUAUUCCAUCGGCCGUUGUCAAUGGAAGGAUCGUUUCAAUAGACGGGCAGGCUGAAGGUUCUAAAGCUGAGAUUACCUGUAACGACUUCAACUUUCCGACUGUGGAACACCUCCAAUGUGGAUCUUCAGGAACAUGGGAGGGGACAGAGUCAGCAUGUGCACCUACAGAUACGGUUUCCGCAGCAGGGAAGCUGUCCAAGGGGUCGUGUGUCAGCCUCAUAGGAAGACCUACAGAAAACACAUCAUUCAGUUUCCGAUUGCUGACAGGCACCAGCACCUACAUGCUCAUCAGCAUUCGUUUCACGACACGGGGUAUAAACGAGAUCGUCAGAUCCGAAUUUAUCAACAGCUAUGGCGCCGAAGAGCGAGCCAAGGAUCACUGGCCGUUUGUUGUCAACGAGGAGUUUAACAUUACAAUCUGUAUGGAAGAAACACUUUACAGGGCUUUCGUCGAUGGCGCGGACAUAUUCACAUUUGUGUACCGUCAACCUACCAUCGUUGUCAACGGAAUAAGUUUCCUCGGAGAUGUUGCUAUGAGAAAAGUCGUCUUCAUCUAGCACAGCAGGCUUGGGGAACGACCGUUUAAUAUUCUGCGUUGGGCGCUGGAAUUUUCGUUCCAGACAAUACUUUUUCAACACAUUUUUAUGGCUCUGGAAAGAGGAGCCUGCUAGGAUGUUGUACCAUUCUACUUUGUUGCUGUACCGCCCUACUUGGUUGCUUAAUCACUAUCCUUGCUUUCAGCAACAUAAUAAUUGGUAGUAACAUCAAUAUCGCCGGUUGUAAUGAUUAAUUCUUGCAUUUGGUUGUAACAUCGAUAUACUCAUCUAUGACUCCAUUACAUUGAUUUUACUACCAUCGUACUUGGUUGUAACAUCGCUGUACUUGUUUGUAACAUCAAUAUUCGUGGUUGUAACAUCAUUAAUGGUGGUUCUAGCAUUAUGCUUGGUCGUUACUUCUUUAUACUUGGUUGUAGCAUCGCUAUUCUUGGUUGUAACAUCGCUAUUCGUGGUUGUAACAUCAUUAAUUGUGGUUCUAGCAUUAUUCUUGGUUGUAACAUCAUUAUGCUAGGUUGUAACAUCGCUGCACUUGUUUGUAACAUCGCUGUUCGUAGUUGUAACAUCGUUAUUCUUGAUUGUAACAUGAUGUUUGGUUGUCACACCGCUAUUCAUGGUAGUAACAUCGUUAUUCUUGGCUGUAACAUUGUCCUUGGUUCCUUACAUCGUUAUGCUUGGCUGUAACAUCGUGCUUUGUUGUAACACCGCUAUUCGUUGUUGUAACAUCAUUAUGCUUGGUUGUAAUAUUAUUCUUGGUUGUAACACCGCUGUUCGUGGUAGUAACAUCCGUAUGCUUGGCUGUAACAUUAUUCUUGGUUUUAACACCGCUAUUCUUGUUUGUAACACCGCUAUUCUUGGUUGUAACACCGCUAUUCUUGGUUGUAACACCGCUAUUCUUUGUUGUAACACCGCUAUUCGUGGGAGUAACAUCGAUAUUCAUGGUUGUAACAUUCUUGGUUUGUAACGUCGUUCUGCUUGACUGUAAUAAUAUGCUUGGUUGUAACACCGCUAUUCGUGGUUAUAACAUCGAUAUUCAUGGUUGUAACAUUCUUGGUUUGUAACGUCGUUAUGCUUGACUAAUAAUAUGCUUGGUUGUAACACCGCUAUUCGUGGUUAUAACAUCGAUAUUCAUGGUUGUAACAUUCUUGGUUUGUAACGUCGUUUUGCUUGACUGUAAUAAUAUGCUUGGUUGUAACACCGCUAUUCGUGGUUAUAACAUCGAUAUUCAUGGUUGUAACAUUCUUGGUUUGUUAGAUCGUUAUGCUUGGCUGUGAUAAUAUGCUUCGUUGUAACACCACUGUUCGUGGUUUUAACAUCUAUAUUCAUGGUUGUAACAUCAUUAAUGGUGGUUCUAACAUUAUUCCUGGUUGUAGGUGAGGUGAAAUUGGGUUUAACUUCGCGUCCAAGAUUAUUGCACUUAUAUAGCUACGUGCAUGUACGUGUGUGUGUGUGUGUGUGUGUGGCUGCUAGUACUAGUCCGGACUG